AUGGGAGGAAUUUAAUUUUUUUAUUUGGGCUAAGCUGAUUAAUUUACGAAAAUAAACUACCACUUUGAGCCAAAUUAAAGUUCAUAUCAUGAUAACAAUAUUAAUAAGCAAGGAAAGGCUUAGCAUGAAUACUUAGGAACCGAUUCAAUUAACAGGCAACUUGAAGAUUUGAAUUUCACUUAUUCAUACCCAGCUAUGUUUAUUUACAAACAAUAUCACCUAGUAUUAUUUGGUGGUAUAAACGUAUUCACUGGUAAAACUACCAAUGAAAUGCUUCUUAUUGACAUUUAGGAUUUUAAGAACCCAAUAGUUAAGAAAAUUAAACCAGAAUUUAAUGAUGGAUAGAAAUAUAAUUAUAAAGAUUAUUUCUUUGGCAAUUAAAUAUCUAAAUCUUAAGAUUCUUUCAGCAUGAAAGGGGAACAUGGAAUUUAUGAAGCAAAAAUCAAACUUCUACCUAUUACUAAACAGACUGUUUAAGUGAAGAAAAUAUUCAACUUUUGA